GUUUCACCAGCGCAGUCCUCUACUGCUGACUUACAGUUAGUGGGAGACUGUUGUCCUCUGUUGUUUGUGUGUAUGUUAAUAAUCCUCUUGUGUGCUUGAAAUACGUGAAAUUACGAGAAGGAAAAAAAAUAUUAUUUGUGAGUAAUUUCAUUCGAAGAUCUAUUCAUCGUAAAGUGGAAUAAGUGUUAUCGCUGUUCGGGAGAAGAGAUUCACCAUUUCGCCAUGGACGUCGGCUAGAGAAAUUCAGAUUAGCUGCCUGUGCUAUCGGCCAUAACAGGAACUGCGUUUGCCUAUAUGGGUGUACAAGUGGGCGCGGAGAUGGAGCCAGAAGUAGUGGGUGGCCUGGUUAUGGGCGUGUCCCUGGGCGUGGCUGCUCUUCUCUGCACUGGACUUUGUCUCGGCCUCUGGUGCAGGCGUCUGCGGGGCCACGACGGCGACCCGAGUCCCGCGACCUUCCUGGUGAGCAAGCGGAAGGCAGGAGCUUACACAACGUCCGACCACCCCAUGGCUUUCGUCCUCCCCUCUAUCCCACAGAGCGAUGCCGGCAGCGAGCCCCACACACCCACGCCCACGAUUCUCACGCCCACAGAGAGAGCCAAGAAAACAUGUGCUACAGGAGUGCCCACGGUUUACGGUAGACAGGAUGACGAGAACGCCCCUGUACAUAGAUGGGAGGUCGUGUCCCACACCAUGUGCUCGUGCCCGAUCCCGAACACGCCCCCGCCCUCCUAUACGCCGCCCACGCCCUACACUCCACCGACGCCCUACAGCCCGCCCACCUCCUACUCCGCCCCCGUCGCGAAGUGCCGGUCUUGCACGCCCGCCUACGCCCGCGGAGCCCCCCGCCCCCGCUCGGCUUCCCCAAGGGCGACGCCCCUCACGUUACCCCUCGGGAGGAAGAAGAGGCCAGCGCCCCAGCCUCCUGUGCAGGGGACGCCUCAGCUCUCGCCCACACAGGGAGGCAACUUCGCCUACCAGCCGAUGCCACGCCCGCGCUCUGCCUCGCCCAAUACCUUCUUGAAGUCGCCCGCUACGCCCACGCCGCCCCCGAGGUCUAUCUUCAUGAAAAACAGAGGGGCUUGGGGAUUAGACGAACUCCGAGAAGCCCUCAGACAGGCGUGCACAGACGAGGGCGAGGUCAGGUCACCCACCUACCCUGACCCUGGAGAUGUCACGACCCCGGAUUCUAUUGAUGGCUGGGGACCUGUGUGGACACCUGCCUCUAGCAUUGGCUCGGGCGGCGGGUGCGGUCUGGGCGAACUGCGGGUCCGGGUUCGCUACACAGUGAGAACGAGGCUCCUGAAGCUUAUGAUUCUCUCCGCUGACCACCUGCCUUUGAGACUCGGUCCUGAACCUCUCGACACUUACACAAAGGCCGUAAUGCUCCCAGAGAAACGAGUGAGAUUCAACACCCGCGCUGUGUCCGCCGUCACCCAUGCCUCGUUCAACGCUUCCUUCACCCACGCCGCCCGCCCGUCUCGCCUCGCCCACGCCACCCUCAGGUUCUCCGUCUGCCAGGUGACAGGAUGCGGACGGCGGGUCGUGGUUGGCUACGCAGCCGUACCCUUGUCUCAGGUAGGGUUCAGGGUAGGCCUAUCCCUAGACCUCGACACCGGGCCUCUCACUCUCCACCUGCAGGAGAGCGCACCGGACCAGCAGGUGGGUCUUGGUGGCCAGCUGCAGGUGGGACUCAGUUGGGACUCGGAGCACAGCGACCUGACCAUCAGUGUCCUUCACUUAGCCGGCCUUCAGUACGAUAACCAACGUGAUUCAGUGCAAGUCUACGUCAAAGUUACAGUGUACACUAACAACACCAUCCUUUGCUGGCGUCGAACGAGCCCUCGUCCCAUUGAGAGUGAGAUGACGCUGUUCGAGGAGGACCUUAUCCUUCGCAUGCCCGAGUUGGACCUCGACGCCACGCACCUCGUCCUCAGUGUGAGAGAGAGAACCGGGCCAGGCUGCGGGCGGCGAGUGCUUGGGUCGUGCCUUGUGGGUUUGGGCGGCUGCGUGGGCGAGGACGGGCGUCACCACUGGCUGGACAUGCUGCGCGCCGCCCCCGACAUCGUGGUGAGGACCCACCCACUGGCCGCCCACGCUUCCUACCACGACGUGCUGCCCAAGGACUUUCUCCUCGCCAUGGCCCCCCCUCCGCCCCCGCCCAAGGACCAGGUGUCUCCAGAGCACUGUCAACGCGCCCCGAGUCAGGGCGGUCCCCACGCCCACCGGUGCGGCGAGAGUGACGAGCCUUCGCCGCCGCCCAUCCCCAUCGCCGCGAGGAGGAAUACGGCGCCCGCCCACGCCAACGGGAACGUAAGCCCGAAAGCCGCCCAUGAGACCGCCGCCCGCGAAACAACCGCCCAUGACGACCUCCCCAGGGAAGAAGCCACGCCCUCUCCCCGCGAUUCGGUCUACGAGGACGCCCACAGCACCCUCGAUUCCCUCCAGCCCAUGGAAUGCACGCCCACGCAGCCGACCGAGUCACAGCCCGAACACCAAGAUAAUAUCUAUGCCAACGACGAGCCGAUCUACGAGAACAUCGACGACCUUCAAGCGUCGAUCGGCUGCCCGACACCCGAGCCGACGCGCGGCGAGAGGCUGUGAGGCGCGGGGGCGGCAGGCAGGGCGGACUUAUGUAUAAAUCCGUAUAUGUACUUACAGACAUACAUACAUUCACACAUGGAUAUAUAGAUAUUUUCAUAACCAUAUGU